AUGCCCCGGUCGGACUACAUGGACUUCGACGCCAAGGGCUGCAAUCUGUCCGACUCCCGGGAGAUGUUCCUGAAGCUGCGAGGCGCCAGCCGCGGGCGAGCCGACCGACGCCGGAGCCGCAGCCGCAGCCGCAGCGGCAAGAAGAAGAAGAAGGAGAAGGAGAAGAAGAAAAAGAAGAGCACGAGGCGCAGCAGCAGCAGCGGCGCCGCCGCCGCCGACGCCGCGAGCACCGACAGCCGCGUGCGGAGGAUCCGGAGCCGCACCAAGGCCGGCCGCGGCGGCAGCUCCGCGCCCCCCGCGGCGGCCGCCUCCGCCUCCGCGGCCGCCGCC